CUCAUCAAGAAUGUGAUAGGAACAGUAAAUAAAACGGAACAAUGCGCUACGCGGUGUUUCCAUUAAGCUUUAAAUAGCCUAUAUGAUAAUAUUCACCUUUUAAACUGAUGAAUGACAAAUGCAAUCGACUCUUCUCGAAGUCUACAGGCCACCAGCCAAGUCUGUGAAAUGCUUUUGCCCUUGAUCUGUCCAGCUCUGUCCACUCAAAUGCUGUCCAGACAGAGCCCCUGCAAAGGUUAUGCGGCAUGCAGUCUUCUCCACAGAAUGGAUCCUAUAUGACCCCAUAAGUCUUCUAUGGCUUUAACUCCACUACUUGUCAGCCAUGGCCAAUCUCUACGCACUUGCUUUGAUUCCAACGCGUCUGUUCCUGCGGUUGCAGAGCCUACUAUAUUGGGGCCUUGUUUAUGGCACAGCAUGUAUCACUGGCCUGCUGCUUUUCAUUCGAUUUACCUGGAGGGCUUUCCGAAACCCUUCCAGAAUCUUUCAGUGGACUGUCCGUCAGGAACCACCAGCCUGUCUCAGGGAUGUCCGGCUUGGGAAACACGGCUUUCUUUGGGGCAGGAGCUCAAGUUUGAGGUUCCACUAUGUCACCCAAGGGGACAACAAAAGGACCCUCAUGCUCUUCCUCCAUGGAUUCCCAGAAAACUGGUACUCGUGGCGCCACCAGUUGGGUGAGUUCAGCGAGCAGUACCACACAGUAGCGCUGGACCUGCGAGGCUGCGGAGACUCUGAUGCCCCCUCUGAGUUGGAUGACUACACGCUGGAGAAGCUAUUGUACGACAUCAGAGACACCAUCGAUGAGUUGGGUCACACGAGCUGUGUGUUGGUGGGCCAUGACUGGGGAGGAAUGUUAGCCUGGCAUUUUGCCCUGGAGAGGCCAGACAUGGUGCAACGCCUGAUCAUUAUGAACGCACCCCACCCAGCUGCUUGGCUAGAUGCAGUGCUGCGCCGACCCACACAGCUUCUCCGCUCAGGCCACGCCUGCUUCUUCCAGCUGCCACUACUGCCAGAGAUCGCACUCUCUCUGGAGGACUUCAAAUUGCUGCGUAAUUUGCUGUGUGGUGCCCGCCUCGGUAUCAGAAACAGGGAUAGACGUCUGACCGAGGCCCAGCUGGAGGGGUACCUGUAUCGCCUGUCCCAACCUGGAGGUCUCACUCCUCCUCUCAAUUACUACCGUGCUUUCCUCAGUGACCAUCUCUACAAACACGAGGAUGCAGGAGUGACCACCAUGUUGAUUUGGGGUGAGGAAGACAGCAUACUGGUUGAAGGGACGUCUGGGGGGAUACGCCCCUACAUUAGGGGCCCAGUUGUUGUCCACACCAUCCCAAAAUGCAGCCACUGGGUGCAGGAGGAUCAGCCUGAGACAGUCAAUAAACUUAUCUGGGACUUCCUCCAAGACAAGGACGCAUUGUCUCCUAUACUGCCACAACACAGACGUGAAUCAGUUGCCCUAGUGAAAGUAACUAAUGGCGGGCCAGCUGGUCAUCAUCUGUAAUAUGGAUGGUAACCUACACAAGGUAACUUUUUGAGCAAUGUUGCUAGGCAAUGUUCCUGAGUAUUGUGGUUCUGGCACAUUCCCACUGAUUUUGACCAAUUUCUUUUGUUCCUCAGACAUGGUCAUGAUCAUCAAAUCAAAACACAUGGAACUGGUUGUGUGGUUGCCCAGCAGCAUUGCUCAAAAAGUUGUUACAUGUAUCAUCAGUUUAAGUGUUUGUUUUGGAUUACAUGUGAAGAAAAAAAAGAAAAAAAUGUGCAGGUUUGUGGUGCAGGCUUGUGUUGUGUCAGGGGCUAUUUACAGUUACUGCACAGUAAUAUUUACAGUAUCACAGUGGUGGAGAAACCUCUAUUGAUUGCAGUGCUGAUAGGUUGGUUACAUGAAAUAAAACUUUAGUUGAAACCGA